AUGGUAACCGGCAAGGUUGCACUAUGGUGGAUCCUUGUACUGGGCAUCUUUGUGCAGCAGCUCAAUGCAGGGGGCAUUGAGGGCCCAUGUCAGGGUAGAGACUGCUCUGUAUGUCAGUGUUUUCCUGCCAAAGGUGCAAGGGGGACUCCCGGGAAGCCAGGGGAGCAAGGCCCCAGGGGACCAAUGGGACCAUGGGGACGUCAAGGGCCACUUGGAGAGAAAGGGAGGAGGGGAGCGGAGGGAUCACCUGGCCCAGAGGGGCCCAAAGGAGGCCGCGGCAAGACUGGUGCUCCUGGCUUUCCUGGUCAUAGUGGCUCACUAGGUCACCCUGGAGCAGGUGGUGAACCUGGUUUGCCAGGAGAGGACGGCUGUAAUGGGACAAGGGGUCAACCAGGAGUCCCUGGUGUUUCUGGUUUGAAUGGUCUCCACGGGCCGCCAGGAUUACCUGGACCUAAAGGAAUUAAAGGAGAACCUUUGUAUGGCGCUACCCUUCCAGGACUUCCUGGGGAUCGUGGGAUAGAUGGAGACCCAGGUUUACCUGGAAGACAAGGAGACAUUGGGCCUAAAGGCCACACUGGCGCUCCUGGUUUUCCUGGACCUGAGGGCUUGGAAGGACCUAAAGGUGCUCAAGGACCACCAGGCAGCCCUGGGAGAUCCCUGGCAGGCGAUAAAGGUGACAAUGGUGAGCAAGGGCCACCCGGCCCCCCAGGACCAGAAGAAGUCAUAGAAUUUCCUCCAGACUUUCUUCCGCCCAAAGGUUACAAGGGAGAGAAAGGUCAUCCUGGACCAUGUGGACCAAAGGGCAUAAUGAGUGAUAUAGGAGACUACCACAUACAUAUAAAAGGGGAACAAGGAAUCCUUGGAUUUCCGGGACUUCGGGGUCCUCCAGGAUUUCCUGGAAGAGAUGGACAAACAGGACCUGAGGGUGUCCGUGGAGAGAAAGGACUUCCAGGUCUAUUAGGAAGAACUGGACCAAAGGGUUACCCAGGAGAUCUAGGCCUCCCCGGUCCCCUGUACUUUCAUAACGGAAGUGAUGCCAGAGGUGCUAAAGGUGAGCGUGGAUAUCCAGGAAUGCCUGGACUCCCGGGUGACCCCGGGUACAUGGGCAUGCAUGGACCUCCUGGACCACCAGGGUUAACAGUACCAGAGAGGCCAGGUCUGCCUGGUCCACGAGGGCCCCCCGGUCCAAAGGGCUACAAGGGAGAGCCAGGGAGGUAUAACAACUUUGAAAUCAAUCCGUUACCAGGACCGAAAGGAACGAAAGGACUCCCUGGUCAUAAAGGUGUCACAGGCCUCCCUGGUCCCCCGGGAUGUGGAGAUUACUACUGUGAGCCUGGUUACCCAGGUGACCCUGGUGACCCAGGAUCCAGAGGAUCUCCUGGAAACAAAGGGCUCAAAGGAAUUAAAGGUUGUCCAGGGGAAUGUGAAUGUCGGUCUGGAGGGGGAAGCAUAGGCCUCCCUGGUCCACCUGGCUAUCCAGGACCUCCAGGUUUACCUGGAGCCCAGGGACUGCAGGGGGACCCAGGUCUGAAAGGAGAUGAAGGCUCAAGAGGACCACAAGGCCCUCAAGGAAUUCCUGGUUCAAAAGGACAGAAGGGUCAGAAAGGUGACUCUUUUGUGGUAGGUGGUGAAGGUGCGAAGGGUGACAAAGGAGUGCCUGGGCAUCCAGGCCCUCCUGGAGCAACAGGAAGGCCAGGACAGGAUGGCCGCCCUGGCUCUCCAGGAGAUCCUGGACCACCAGGUGCUGGAUAUGCAGGAUUACCUGGUCCAAAAGGUGACCCUGGUGUUGCUGGACCCAAAGGGUUUCCAGGGUUUGUAGGCCCCGCAGGUCCUGGUUUUCCAGGCCCCAGGGGUACACCUGGACAUAAAGGAAAUCAGGGACAACCUGGCCCCCCUGGAAUUCCUGGACGACCAGGCCCUCCAGGUGAAAUUGAACAAUGUUGUCAUGAAGACGAGGUUGGAUCGCCUGGUCCUAAGGGUGAGCGAGGUUCCCCAGGGAUUCCAGGUGCACCAGGAAGAGAUGGUCUCCCGGGAGCUCCAGGACUCCCAGGGCCAAAAGGAAUGAAAGGAGAUGAUGGUGAUAUUGUAGGAAUUGGACUGCCAGGGCCUCCAGGUUUAAAUGGGGAUCCAGGUGACCCGGGCCCUAGUGGGAUUAGCCUGGAUGGCCCUCCAGGCCCUCCUGGGUUUCCGGGUCUCCCAGGUAGGAAAGGUGCCCCAGGAGAUGUGUACUCUGCUGGUCCAGGUGCUACUGGCCCACCUGGCCGCCCUGGGGCUCCAGGAAAGAAAGGACUGCAUGGCUUUCCUGGAAACCCAGGAUCUCCAGGCAUACAAGGCCAACCUGGACGACCAGGUCAUAAAGGAGAGCCAGGAGUCAAUGGUGACCCUGGUGCCACUGGUUUCCCGGGCCCACCGUGUACUGUGUGUGACUUGCAUGGACCUCUAGGUCCUCCAGGACCUCCAGGAAACUCUGGACAGAGGGGAAUACCAGGCUACCCUGGUCAGAAGGGUUUGAAGGGAGAUAUAGGUGCACCCGGUCAUGGACACAGGGGUCCUCAAGGUUUCCCUGGCCCUCCUGGUGUCCCAGGUCCACCUGGACCAGGAAGCACCACUGGCCCUCCAGGAGAUCCUGGGAUUGAUGGCUGGCCAGGACCAAAAGGUGAAACAGGCUACCCUGGCAGGGCUGGGGCAAGUGGUUUACCAGGUCGUCCUGGACCUCCAGGACCCAGAGGCAAACAGGGAGAAAGAGGCUUUAAUGGUCGACCAGGUGACACAGGAGACCCAGGACUGCCUGGCAAUAAAGGUUUACGUGGUCUCCCAGGGUUACCAGGCCCAUCAAGGAUUGUGAAUAUGACAAAAGGCCCAGCAGGACUUUCAGGAAGGAGGGGGCAAUCAGGCCAAUCAGGACUUCCAGGCUCAAAGGGCGCAAGGGGAAUUCCAGGUGACUCAGGACCUGAUGGAUGGCCUGGUCCCCCAGGGUUUAAGGGCAGCAUUGGCAGGCCAGGCAGGGCAGGAAUACCAGGGCCCCCGGGACCCUCUGGAAUCAAAGGUUUCCCAGGUCCAAGGGGAUAUCCUGGGGAAGUUGGAAAUCCGGGAGAUCCAGGGCCUACAGGACAUGUGGGUAUACCAGGGCUACCAGGAUUCCCUGGUGCCAAAGGUGAGCCAGGAACAUCUUAUGGACAUCCUGGUCCACCAGGACCCAAAGGAUUGCCAGGGGAGAAUGGAUGCAGUGCACCUAGAGGGAGUCCGGGAGAUCCAGGUGACCCAGGAUCCAGAGGAAGGCCGGGACAGCCUGGACAACCAGGCUUUUCUGGGGAACCAGGAAGACAAGGAGGACCAGGCCUACCUGGGCCCCAUGGCCCUCCGGGCAGUCCUGGUUUUCCAGGUAUUCCGGGUGAUCAUGGAGGCCUGGGACCACCGGGUCCACCCGGCCCAAAUGGGCAUCCAGGACCCACUGGACCACCAGGCUUGGAUGGAUUGGAUGGGCUUAGAGGUCCAAAAGGGAUGAGAGGACCAAGCGGCACAGAUAUUCCUGGCCCUCCAGGACCAGAUGGUUUUCCUGGAGCCAAAGGUCCGAGGGGCCCCCCAGGGCCACCAGGAGCCACUUUUCCCGGGCCCAAAGGCUUGAGGGGCCCACCCGGUGACACAGGUCCUCCAGGUUUUCCAGGUGAACCUGGUUACCCAGGCAGAGCAUGCCCCACACCUUUGACCGGACCCCAUGGAGAUACAGGAUAUGAAGGACCUUCAGGACUCCCAGGUCGUCCUGGGGAGCCAGGCCCUCCAGGCAGCAGCAUUUUAUCCAAAGGAGACCCAGGACCCAUUGGCCUCCCUGGGUUACCAGGCCGUAAGGGAGAAAGGGGCCUCCCAGGACCUCCUGGACCUCAGAACUAUCUAGGCUUUGCUGGUCCAAAAGGUGAGAGAGGUCACACUGGUGGCAGGGGUGCUGUAGGACCCAAAGGUCGGCAAGGUUUCCCUGGGCCCCCAGGCCGCAAGGGAGAAACAGGCCCAGCUGGAGCUAUAGGUGUCAAAGGUGCUACUGGUGAUUCCAUCAGUGGACCUGGAGGGACAGCUCCCCCUGGACUUCCAGGACUAAGCGGUUCCCCAGGAUCUAUUGGAUUCCCUGGCGAUGUGGGUCCACCUGGGAUUCCAGGACAGAAGGGUUCUGUAGGGUCUGUGGGCCUUCCUGGUCUACCAGGUCCUGCUGGCCUUCCUGGUCCUGUUGGAGAAUCAGGAGAAAGUGGUCAGCCAGGAUUUACUGGACCACAAGGUAUCCCAGGCCCACCUGGUGAUCCAGGUGAGCCAGGCCAUAGGGGGACAUCAAGAUCGGGCUUCCUUUUGGUUAUCCACAGCCAAUCAGUUCAGGUGCCACAGUGCCCUGAAGGUAGCAGUCAGCUUUGGGUGGGGUACAGUCUGGUUUACCUGGAGGGGCAAGAGAAGGCUCACACACAAGACCUGGGCCAGGCUGGCUCCUGCCUCCGUGUUUUCUCCACCAUGCCUUUCUCCUACUGCAACAAAGCUGCCUGUCACUACUCCAGUCGUAACGACAAAUCCUAUUGGCUCUCCACUACUGCUCCCAUACCCAUGAUGCCACUGUUUGGCCAGGAGAUUAACUCUCACAUCAGCCGCUGUGUUGUCUGUGAGACAGUUGCGCCCGCAGUGGCUUUUCACAGCCAGGAUCACACACUUCCCGCGUGCCCACCUGGCUGGAGGAGUAUGUGGACGGGGUACUCAUUCCUCCUGGAAACGGGGGCAGGUGAUGAAGGCGGUGGCCAGUCUCUGACCUCUUCUGGUAGCUGCCUUAGAGAUUUCAGAACUCAUCCUGUCAUAGAGUGCCAGGGUGCACGAGGCUCCUGUCACUACUUUGCCAACCUCUACAGUUUCUGGCUGACUACUGUGAGUCAGACAGAGCAGUUUAUCACUCCGGUGCCCGGCAUCAUCAAAGCAGCAGACCCACAGCGACGCAAGACUAGUCAGUGUCAUGUCUGCCUCAGAGAGAAAUAA